AUGCCGCCCUGGUUAUUGCUGCAGGUGCAUUCACCGCCAGGCCGGCUGGGCGAGGUGCGUCUGGUGACGGCGCGGCCGGGCUACGGCGCCGCGGCGGCGGGCUGGGUGGAGCAGUGCUCGUGCCCGCCGGGCUACCGCGUGAGCUGCGAGGCGUGCGCCCCGGGCCACCGGCGCGACCCCCCCGGUGGGGGGCCCCUUGCCACCUGCGUCCCCUGCAGCUGCCACGGCCACAGCGGCUCGUGCCACCCUGAGACCGGUGCGUGCGAGUGCCAGCACAACACAGCGGGGCGUCGCUGCGAGCAAUGCGCCGCCGGUUUCUACGGCGACGCGACGCGCGGCCGCGCCGACGACUGCCGCGCGUGCCCCUGCCCCCAGGGCUCCACGUGCGCCCUCGUGUCCGGCGAGGUCACGUGCACGCGCUGCCCCCAGGGGCUCACGGGCAAGCGCUGCGAGCUGUGCAGCGACGGCUACUUCGGCGACACCGUGGGGGCGGAGGGCGCCGCGGUGAGGCCGUGCCGUCAGUGCGAGUGCAACGGCAACGUGGACCCCAACGCGGUGGGCAACUGCGACCGGCGCACGGGCGAGUGUCUCAAGUGCACGCGCAACACGGCCGGCUUCUUCUGCGACCGCUGCCGCGACGGUCACUACGGCAAUGCGCUGGCGCCGGGCGACGGGGACAAGUGCCGACCGUGCGCGUGCUCCCGGUGGGGCACGCUGGGAAACCCCGAUGGCUGCAACGUGGUGACGGGUCAGUGCGAGUGUCGACCCCACGUGACCGGGCGCGACUGCGGCCAGUGCCUGCCCGGCUACUACGUGUCCCCCGACGGCAACGGCUGCGAGAGGUGUAACUGCGACCCCGUGGGCUCGUCGACGGGCGGCUGUGACCCGGUCACGGGACAGUGCGACUGCCAUCCCGGCACCUCCGGCCGCUGCUGUGAUCGGUGCGAGGGCAGCCAUUUUGGAUUCUCUCUCGAAGGCUGCAAGCCGUGUGACUGCGACACGUCGGGCUCCAAGUCGAUGCAGUGCGACCAGGCGGACGGGAGCUGCCCGUGCCGCGAGGGCGUGACGGGCGCGCGCUGCGACCAGUGCCGCGAGAACUACCACUACAACCGCACCAACCCGGGCUGCCAGGAGUGCCCGCCGUGCUACCGGCUCGUGCGCGACAAGGCCCAGGAUCUGCGCGAGCGCCUGCGUGAGCUGGAGCAAGCCUUCGAGCGCAUCGCCUCCGACCCGGGCACCGGCACGGACCGCCACUUCGAGAUGAAGCUGCAGCAGGCGGCCAGCGCCGUCGAACAGCUGCUGAGAGACGCACAGCACACGCAGAUGUCGGACCAGGGCCUGCAGUCCCAGCUGGAUGAGCUGGAGCGCACGUUGGCGUCGCAGAAGGGCCGCCUGCAGAAGAUGGGCGACACGGUGGGCGAGACGGACGGGGUGGCAGCGCGGGCCGGGCGGCGCGCCGGAGACACGCAGCGCAUGCUGGAGCGAGCGCAGCACGAGCUGGAGCGGGCCAAGGCCGCCAUCGCCUCCGUCAACAUCGAUGGGAAAAACGUGACCGGGCCCAACAACUUCACAGUUCUGGCAGAAGAAGCGAGGCGUCUGGCGGACAGCCACAAGCAGGCGGCGGACGACAUCGAACGGACCGCAAACCUGGCCAACGACACGUCCACGGCAGCCUACAACCUGCUGCGCAAGACGCUGGCCGAGGAGAACGACAUGGGCGGCCAGAUCAGCGAGCUCACACGCAGGGUCGGCGCGGCCAAGACGCAGGGCGCGCAGCUCGAGGCGCUGGCAGACGCCGUGCACAAGGAGGCCAAGGCGGCCGGCGACAAGGCCCUGCAGAUCUACGCCAACGCCUCCACGUCUGUGCCCAACGUGGACAUCGACGCCCUCCAGGCCGGCGCCGACCGGGUUAAGGGUCGCGCCGCGGAGCUCGACGGCAAAGUGUCCGAGCAGCAGGGCCAGUUCCGCGAGCUGCAGGACGACCUGCGUCCCCGCGUCGACGAGGCCAAGCGGCUGCUGCAGCGCGGCAACACGGAGCAGCAGGUUCUGGAUCAGCUGUUGGCGCGCGCAAACGCCGCGUUCAUCUCGGCCAAGGAGGCCGAAGGGAAAGGGAAAGCCACUCUCAAGGAGGCCACCGACACCCUCAACAUCCUGAGAGACUUUGACAAGCGCGUGAGCGACAACAAGACGGCGGCGGAGGAGGCGCUGCGCCGCGUGCCGGCCGUGCAGGCGCAGAUCGAGAGCGCCAACGCAAAGACGCGGCAGGCCGAGGAGGCGCUGGGCAACGCCGCCAACGACGCCCGCGACGCGCGCGCGAUGGCGCAGGACGCCGAGGAGAUCGCGCGGCGCGCCCAGGAGCGGGCGGGCGGCCUGAAGACGGAGGUGGAGAAUGCAUACGGGGACGCAGCGGGCCUGGCCGAGGGCGCCGCCGGGCUCCUCGCCGGCCUGGCUGGCGCCGAGGCUGAGCUGGCGCGCAAGCAGCAGGACGCCGCGCGGGACAUGGACCUCGCCAACAUGGCGGCUGAGGCGGCACAGGAGGCCGAGGACAAGGCGAGGAGAGCCAAGAGCUCCGUCAGCGGAGCCCUGGAGCAGAUCGAGCAGCUCCUGCGUGACUUGGGUUCCCUGGAGGACGUAGACCUGGGGCGGCUGCAGGAUCUGGAGCGCAAGUACGCGGAGGCGGAACGGGCGCUGGCGGGCGGCGGGGAGCUAGAGCCGCGGCUGAAGCGCCUGGAGGACGCGGUGGCAUCGCAGUCGGCGGCGCUGCAGGGCUACGACGCGAGCGUGGAGCAGGCGCUCGCCGACAUCCGCAACCUGGAGGAGAUCCGCGACGCCCUGCCGCAGGGAUGCUUCAACGCGGGCGAGAUCGAGAGGCCCUAAGCCUUGCCCCCCACCCCCUGCCCUAAUCCUCCCAUCCCCCCCUCCCCCCCCGCUUGAAGCGGAGGCGUCGAAGAAAAUGUCAUGACGAGAGGCGACUAAUUUAAAUUAACGACGGACAAAAUCACGGAGAAGACAGACAGAGAGAGAGAGAGAAAAAAUAUAUAUGUGGGUGCUUCCGGAUCGCGUGAACUGUGUCGAGCCCGCGGCGAGCGCCGCAGUGCGACCUGGGACAUCACGUUGACCGCCACCUUCAAUGAAAAAACACAGCGAAAUACGGGGGGGGGGAAAUUAUGGAUGAGUGAAAAAUAUAUUGUCGGGGACGAAGCCGAAUAAAUGUAACUAUAUUUUUUAAUUAGCGGGGAUCCAAUUGUCGCGUGCUCUUUUGACAUAGUAUUAAAACGCGAUUGCAUCCGGACGCAGAGUUUGUAUGUUUUAUUGUGCAAGCGAUGCAGCCGGGAAUUACCACGGGGGGGGGGGGGGGGGAGGCUCGCGUCUCGAUGGAGGUCGCGCGGGGUCAGGAAGACAGAUUUCGCGCUUUCGUUUAAAAACGCCGGCUACGAAGGUUGACGUCGCGAUGGAGCGAGGGCGGUCGCUGGUGUUUAAAUAAAAGCGCACCAUCGCAAACCCUGCCCCCCCCUCCACGGUAAUAUUGUGGGGGGGGGGGAGGGAUGGCUUCGUGCGACAAGAGGAAUCGCGGAUAAGUGGAGUAGACCUCGCGACGAGGAAGUCUUUCUCUCAUCCUCCGUCCACGGAUAUCGGGGAGAGAUCGCGGAUGUCAUGGCCUCUGCCUUCACGAGGGUUUUUUAGCUAAGAGGGAUGGCAGAUAAGGCGACUUCUACGGCAAUUUCAAGGGAGGUUGUUUUGUCACCUCUGUCGGUUAUUCGAUCGCGCGAGCGCUUGAGGUCGCGCCCUCCGACGUCUUUUCGGUUAGUGCCGCCACGUUUCGUUCGCUCGCGACGUCCGACGUUUCGCUCCGCGCGCUGGCAGUUGACGUCGCGCGGAGACGACGCGUGAUAUACGAUGCGGCUGACGCAGUCGGAGCACCCGUGCGCCAGGCGUUGCUGCUGUCGCGGCAGUAUUACGUGCGGGAUUGAGAUCGACUCGCACACCGCACGCCCAAGCGAAACGUAUUUACUCCCCACGGCGCUAUGCGGCCCGAACCCAUAACCCCCAACAGAUCGCGGAUGCCAACUGCAGUCUGCUUAUUGGCUAUGGCCCAACCGUAAUAGAUGUAUUAUCACUCGUCUUCUUGCAAGGCGCGUGGAACAGAUCCGGAGGUCGUGGGGGCAGGUAGCCAUGGGCACCUUAUGUCGAGUAAUCGAGGACUCGUGAAGGUUGUACCGUGAGGGGGGCAACAGAAUCAGACUCCGCUUGUUCAAAAGUGGGUGGGGGGCAGAUACCCUCCCUGCACCCAUGUUCCCACAACCCACGUUACUUUGUGGAUUUUCAAGGCGGGAGACAGCUUGGCAGCUGCGGUAUUUUCGCCCCCGGUGAUCUUGUGUGCUGAUGUUUCGCCAGGAUGAUAUCGCCUGUGUUGUGCCAGUUGCUGGUCCCUAGAACGGCGAGUCUGAUUCGUUCAGGAGGCACCACAAGAUUGAAAGUGCUCCCUGGGCUAUUGGGUGUCAAUUUUCGCCCUCGAGUUUACUGUUAAAUGGCACACGUGCUAUUUAAAUCCACGAGGUGCUUGAUAAAAAAAAAAACUAUAUUAAAUCACCAUUUGAAUAUUAACCAAUACAGUGGCUUGUUUCUAAUUAGCGCUAAACACGUAUUGCCACCUUGUUUCCGAACAAUAAUAACAUUAACUAUGAAAAAUCUAUUAAAUUAUGAAUGCAAUAAUUAUACACGACAACGGAAACAUUUGAGCAUUCAUUUCUUAUCAUUUUUAUCAAAUGUGCCCUUGGAAAUCUGUUAGUGCUUUUCGUCAAGAUGCGACACGCAGCCCGUGUCAUCGCUGAACCACAUGCCGUUCGCCUGCUGGCCAGUUCACACCGGCAUGUCACGGUAUUGCGACUGCCCACAACGUGGUAUCUAUUUUACUGACCGCGGGAGGGGGAUGAUGGGCUGCACUUCUCAGAUGGGAUUCGAUCUCAUGGCUCACAUUAAGGUCGGGGCACUGCGCAAAAAAUAAAAAGUGUGAUAGUCGCAAAGCAGGUCGGCGACUUUAUCUACCAAGUUGCAAUUUGUGUUGUGCCCAGUUUAAUUUUCUGCUAAAAACAACAAUUCGUGUGAUUGUUUUUUUAAUUAUAAAUAUGCGUACACUAUACACUACGGUGGGUAAAAAAAGGGGCUUUGAUGACGGGAUGUAGAGCAGAGGUCGCAACCGGGUACCCGAUACCCGUACCCUACCCGAUACCCGGCUACCCGUACCCGGCCGGGUACGGGUACGGGUACCCGUUUGCGAUACUGGUGCGGCCGGGUACGGGUAAGGAAUCAAAACCCGUUUGCGACAUCUGAUGUAGAGAGCCCGAUUUGCCCCGCAAGCUCGUGCAACUUUCACUUUGCGUUUCUGUGUCGCCGUCCACAGGCAGAGUUGGCAGAGGCGUCGUGCUGCAGUUGCUUCAAUUGCUGCUGUUGAUUCAGUUGCGUCUGUUACUUCUGUUAAUUAAGUUGCCUCAUUCAACUUAAGCACAAAAUUUAGACCAACGGUUUGUUACAGCGCGCCCGGAUUUAAGAAAGGCCAAGUUUUGUUUAGUAUCCAUAAUAGAGGGUUUUUUUUGGGGGGGGGGGGUUAGAUCACGUAAAUAUAUGUGUGUCGUUAAACACGCCACCACCCGACACGGCCAAUUAGUAAGAGGGUUCGUCACCUAAACAAAACGUGUGCCAAUUCGUUACUAGCACACCACACCGCUAAAAUUUCGAUUUAAAGCUUUCGUGAUUGCAGGGAUUCAUCUUCUUGGUUCUUUCGGUAAAGUCACGUAGAAGGGAAAUAAUAAAAGAAUAAAAAUAAAACCCACGACAACAUUUACAUCGCGAAGGCCUACGUGUUGAGCUCGCUCCCUCAUAGACUGUCUAAAAUACAACACACGAAAACGAUACUUUUUAUAACGAUGUAAAACACUCUCAUUGGUGACUACAGCAGAUUGCCAUAUUCUACAUCACCCUCUGAUCGAUUCAUCCAGUCCUGGAUCUCUUUAUUUUUCCUCUUAUUUGAUCGUCUCUGAAGAUUCUAAUUCGAUUCAUAUGGUGCCAUUUGAAAUACGGUCUCUGUGGCGGCAACGUUGUUGUCAUGGUGAAGGGCUGUUCGUGCUCCUUAUCUUUUGUAUUUUUCCCGUGAACAUUUCCGUAGCAUAUGCCUCUAACAUAAUGCUGGGAAGAUGUCCCUGCAUGCUUAUAUUUCCAGCGCUUAACCUCGUUAUUUAUAAGUGAAAGCAGCCUCGAUCCAAAAUUAAAGCGGGUGACGGUGUAAAGGUGCGAUGCUACGAAUACAAUGUAUACGAGUAUGUGCGAGGGAUGUGUUCCCAAUUUUUUGGGGAUUAAUCUGACUUGUCCAAAAAUCGAACAUCGCUCCGAAAUAUUGAUCAGAAUGUGUGACGUCACAUGAAGCGAUUUCACUUCCACGCUUUUCCGCACCAAAACCGUCCGUAUUGUGACAUCAUUUUGCCGACAUCUAAAACUCAUCCCUCGUACGCACAGGUCACGUUGGCCGAUCAGAGUGGACCAUCAUCAUAUCGCCACAUUCUGUAAUUUAAGACCUAAUCACCUAUGCCAUUGUGGCAUGGCUCUUCUGCACCGAGUUAUACGUCCUUUUGCAGGGGACGUAUUCUCUUUUGCACUCUGAUUGACUUAAGAGGCAACGGUCUUUAAAAUCAACAACCCCUUUCCCCAAAGAAAUUGACCACUUGUCCAUCUCUUUUGCGCUAAAGUGGUACAGUCCCAUCUAUAAAACCACGGCACACCGCCAGGGCCACCCACAGGUUCCUGGGGGCCUGGAAAGACACCAGGCCCUGGGGCUUAAUGUGCCACGCGGGGUCACCUUACAUCGGUGGUUCUCAACCGGGGGUACACGUGGCAAUGUCCCAGGGGGUACGUGAGGUCAUUUACAAAUGUGUGAAAUUAUAUCACACGUGAGAGUCAUUGGCGAAUAAUGAUCAUGUCGUACGAAUCUUGCCAGCGUAAAAUAACUACGAUACAAUUUAAUUCCACGUGGUAACCUACAACGAUGUAAAAGACCUUUUCUCAACUCAUUGAUCUCAAACAAAAGUGGUUUGCAAGAGUAAGUAGCGAGCGCGAACAAAGUAUGUCACACAUGAAGAGCGUCCGGUGACUUUGUCGUUAUUCGCUUGAAGUCACUUAGCUCGUUAGGGUAACCUCGCGCAAUGUACAAUUGGUUAAAAAAUUGACGUGUCAUUGUUCGUGCAACACGUCUUUUGCUGUGAUGUUUACAUCGCAAACUGCAGCCGUUCCAUCUGUUUGCAAGGCUGUGGCCAUAUUCUUGCUUUGUUCCUCGGCAAGUGUCUGCUCGUCUCUGCACACUCAGGACAACGAGAAACGAUCAGAGCUCACUGCCCCUCGAAUGUGCAUGUGAGCAAGGGAAGCACCAUCUUUGAUCACGUGAUACGUUCGCCCUCGAGUAGAAAAUUACACCCCAUUCAGCCCACAAUCUUUACCAAAAAGCACCGGCGAGAGGUUAAAGUGUCCCCUUACUUUUUGGGACCUUCGCCCGUCGGCGUUGUGCAGGUCAUAUGUUGCUCGAGGAAUCUAUCUUCGCUGUGUAAGCUUUACGUUGCUAAAGGAUGUGUCAUUGUUAAGGAUGCCAUCAGUGGCCCAAAGAUCUAUCGACAUUGAGGAGGCUGAGUCGCCCACCUUCUGCGACCGCCAGUGAAUUGAUCAAUCAUCGCCGUUUUCCAACUCACAUUUUUGGUGGUCCGAUCGUGGCGCUGAUUUUAUAUUGGUCGACGGAGAGUGCUCCGCACUACGAUUGACCCUUUCUAAGAUACAAGUUGCGUUUUAAAGCUGGUCUUUUAAUGAAAUGUAUGUUUGUUGAGAUAUCACUUGUAUAGUUUUUAGUUCACGCUUGCGAUGCGGCUCACAACAAUUUAGGUUCGCAUUCACCUUCACGUGCAUGGAAUCAACUUUCAUUAUACCUGAAACGAUCUUCUUUUGGCAACUCGCACACCACUCGCUGUUUCUUUCACGCAUCGGCCGGAGUGAUGUCAAGCAAACCGAGUGGCGUCUCAUAGAUGUGGGGUGGCCAAACCGUGGGUUCCCUAGUCACGUGCGGCUCUCGCCAGGUCCGUUUGUGGCUUGGUAAGAGACGCGGCUAACCACGUCUGACUCUUGAACGUAACGUUACUUUAAACAGAAAAACUAAACAUCUGCAGAGGCAGAGCUGACAUGGGGCACUUGCCCCACGGCCAGUUGACACAAAUGAACCGGCCGCGGUGGCGAGAUGUUAAUUCCCUCGCCUGGUAUGCAGGGGGUCUUGGGUUUGAUCCCGACCCUGACGCCUGCUGUGUAUUUGGAGUUGGCGGUGUUCUCCCCGUGGUCGCGUGGUUUCUUCCAUUUAGAAUCAUGCGUUUGGAGUAUUUGGCUGAUAUAAAUUUCCAUGUGAUGAGCCACUUCGUUGAGCUAUCAUUUGUGGCCAGGUCGCUUCUGAAAAAGCUAUAUUGCUCAGUGGGCCUUACCUAGUAAAAUAAAAAAAAACAUUUGUUUAGUUUCAUGCCAUCUGCUACUGUGGCUCAUGGCUAUGUGAAGGUAUUGAUCGUAGGGUCAAGAGGUUUGGCCAUCCCUGUUAUAGAUGAUGCCUCUUAAUAACAAUAGCAAGCUGACAGGUUGCAUACAUUUCCACCAUACUUACUCCCCCAUGCGCAUUGUCCAGUUGAAGUGCAAAGGUUGAAGUUAAACGAUGUUCAGUUGAUACUACUAUUGCUCACAACAAUUCCGACAUGCAGAUUCAUGCUCGCAAAGCUACCCAAAAGUAACCUGUUGUUUGGCCGAGGAAGCUCUAGUUUCAGAAGAGCUCUCCCGGUAUACCGAAGCACUUGCAAAAAUAAGUAUUUCGUCUCGGUAUGAAACGUUCUGGCUUCCCGCUUGACUCAUCAUACAAGGAAAGGGAUGGGGCUACACCCAAGUAGUGGACAAGGAUGGCAAGAGUUAGGCCAGGGCCUAUGGACAGUAGUGUCAGAGCGAGCCACUCGUGGUGGGUUGAAGAUAGUUGUUGAGUGAGCCUGGCUCACUGGAAAGGUGGGCAGAUCUGAUGGAGGGACGGGGGCGUGGGGGUGUCGGUGCUUCUCACCACGCGUCUCCCUUGAGCCUCACAGAGAUAUUUGGGAGCCUCACAGAGAUAUUUGGCAGCCUCAUGAACCGGGUCCGUUUAUGAUUGUCACGGGAUUACAACACUGGUGGGAUUGGAGAGGGUGGCGGGGUUGUCGCACGUAACAUCUCAGCGACUCGUGGGAGUGAGAGGGGAUGGUCCGCGGUUGAUUGACAGCGCUGCUCGGGGUUAACGCCGCCGCCACCGCUGCUGCUGCUGUGAAGAUAAUGGCAGCUAAAGUGUUUCCGUGCCAAGGUGUGCACACCUAUUUGUGUUGCUGUAAAUGCGACUUUGCGUUUUCAAUCUGAAGUCACAUCCAUUUUGUUAUUUGAAAUAUAAUUAUUGGUUGUUUUUUUCCCCCCGUAUUAUUUCCCACAGCCUGAAUAAUCUCAAGUAGACCCGAGUCCCAUGUCUCGAUAUUUUGCGUUGAUUUAUCGACUAAGCCAUUUCAGCCGAGACAUCUAAGAAAUAAUGGCGGGGGGGGGGGGGUGCUGAUGUUUUUGUCAUUGGGCCUAUACUGUAUGAACUUAUGUUAAUAACGCAAAAAAGACAUAAUUAUAUAGGUGGCUAAAUAACAAGUCACUGCAGUACAGGGUGCUGUCAAUCAAAAAGCAAGCAAGAACCGCAAAUUGUAAAUGUUGUAACGUGUGCCAUGCGAUGUUGGACGGUAUAAGUUAGACCGAAACAAAAUUGCAUGCAAGAGUGAUGCACUGUUGAACUUCAGCUGAGGCUUUUCAAAGGACAAGUCCUAAGUAAGCAUGGAAGGUUGUUGGGCCAACCUUGGCUCUACAACGGUUUCAACCACAUGGCUCAACAUUGCCAUGGUUUACCAGGGUGGUCUAAGCUUCUAACCAUUACACCUACACUGCUAAAUCGUUUUUGUACACAUUUCUACUCAGAGGUGACAUGGCAUGCUUCUUGACCUCUGACAUUCAUUUUAAAAUAUAUAUUAUUUAACACAGGUCAAAAUGUCAUGGUUUUUUUUAAUGUAUUAGUAAGCUUCUGUGAGUGCAGUUUGCUUAGAGACUGCACUGCAAAGCCAUAUUGCGCUAUAAUAUAAGUUCUGUAGCUCAUUAAGGUGUUAUUUUGAUUGUAUUUUAGAAAUAAAUUGCAAUGUUUCAACUGAUACACUGGUGCUAAUGGAAACAUAUAAAAGAUGUUUUAAAAGGAAAUAUAUGGUUGUGUUUUGAAUUUCA